GAUGUCUUUGCCAGCCUGAUACACAUCACCUCCAUCGCUACAUCUCUCUCUCUCUCUCUCUCUCUCUCUCUCUGGGGUCUUAAAUCAAUCUUGUCUAGAGAAACUAGAAAGAAGUAAAUAAAAGAAGGCGACCAUGUCAGAUGACGAGGGAGGAGAAGAGUAUCUAUUCAAGAUAGUGAUAAUUGGGGACUCUGCAGUGGGCAAAUCCAACCUUCUCUCUCGCUAUGCACGCAACGAGUUCAAUCCUCACUCAAAAGCUACCAUUGGGGUCGAGUUCCAGACUCAGAGCAUGGAAAUUGAGGGUAAAGAAGUUAAAGCUCAGAUUUGGGACACUGCUGGCCAAGAACGCUUCCGUGCUGUCACUUCUGCGUACUACAGAGGUGCUGUGGGUGCUCUAAUUGUCUACGAUAUCAGCCGCAAGACGACGUUUGAGAGUGUUGGUCGCUGGCUCGACGAGCUCAAAACUCAUUCUGAAACAACGGUGGCAAGGAUGCUGGUGGGAAACAAAUGCGAUUUGGAGAGCAUCAGGGACGUGAGCACUGAGGAAGGCAAAAACCUAGCAGAAACAGAAGGGUUGUUUUUCAUGGAGACAUCUGCUUUAGAUUCAACAAAUGUGAAGAAGGCUUUUGAGAUUGUUAUUCAAGAAAUUUACAACAAUGUCAGCAGGAAGGUCCUCAACUCUGAUUCAUACAAAGCUGAAUUAACUGUCAACCGGAUAACCCUGGUUAAAAACGAGAAUGACGGAUCAAACCAAUCCAAAAGUUCCUACUGCUGUUCAAGGUGACCUCCAUUCAAAGGUUGCUGGCUUUUCUGAGGUUGGUUUCUGAAUUCAAUUUGGUUGGUUGAAUUUGUUUCAUAGGCGAAACAAAUAAGAUUCCCUUACAGAAACGAAAUUGUUAAUUUUAUUUGAAGAAGCAACUGAAAGAAAAAAAAAAGAUAUGCUUUGAAUACAGAGAAGCUGUCAUGGGAACCAAUAAAGUUGGUGGCCAAUUUCUUAUUUGUUCUUUUGUGAGAAUGUAGUAUGUAGUAAGAAUGUUAUUAGCACAGAAUAAAUUCUUGUUGUCUCGAUAUCGGGCAGGAGGUUUCUGGGUAUUAGAUUGAUGAUGAUGGAUGGAUGGUCGAAAACAAUUUAUUGGGUAUGUCUCAAGACUACCAUGUGUUCCUUGUUCAAGUAGAUAGUGUGUGGUUGUAGCCAAAAGACCAAAUAGUGUAAUGAAUUGUUUGGUUAUAAUGAAUUAUUUGUUGCUUAAA